UUGCACAUUUUUUUUUUUGCCUUAGCAAUGGGGGACGCUGCUCUUUGGGAAGAAAUCGAACUCUCUGAGAGCUACCUUGUAUGCUCUAUGUAUGAAGAGGCCGCAUCGUCUUCUUCCUCCAUUCUUAAACGGAUGUAUGACAACAUUCAAGCGGUAUCCAAGGGAGCUAUUGUUGAAAGCCAGUUGCAUGACAUGUUGACGUCUGCUGGCAUGGUUUUCGUUCAAUCUUUGCAUGGACUCGGCAGGACAGAGGAGAUUGUGAACGAGUUGAGAGAUGCGUUUGGUGCUGUUGCAACUAUUCCUGCUCAAGUGCUUCUCACUGGCAUAUGUCUUCAAAUCGCAAGUAGUUCGCACUCAGGAAUACGGGAAAUGCUUGAGGAGUUCCUUAGCAAAUGGGUUUACGAGGAUGGGCACUAUAUCCUUAACGAUGCUGAUGCAAGCACAAGCUUCGUUAAAGGAUUUGAUGGGAAAAUAUUCUUGGACGUCAAUGACUAUAUGGAAGUUGUUGAGCUGUAUACCUUGACUGUUCUUGGAAAGAUUUCAGAAGAUGUGGACCUAGCCAUCUCAUGGCUCGAGAAAGCUGCACUGCCCGAGGAAAGAAGACAGGAGCUUUCCAGAAGAUUGCAUUCUUUGUUAUCCCUCAAGACCACAAACAUUUCACAAGGCUCACCAUUGUUGCAAGCUAAGCAAGAGGCUAGCUCUUUUGUGGAAGAUCCAGUUGCGUCCAAGGAAUCUUGUGACGCAGAGAACAAAAAACGCCUUCCAAAUGAAGGGAAGAACGACAUUUACACACUCCUCAAGCUCUCGAAGCAACACAAACCAUCUCUUUGGUCAUCUCGACCUCUAAACCUCAAUCUUGGCAAUACCCAGUUGACAAUAUCCAAGGGAAAAAUCACCAUAACCCUUGUCGUCUUCAUCAUCUGUUAUGCUCUGAGGAGGAAACGGGUCGCUCUGAUGAGGGCGCUCGGUAGAAAAAUGGGAUCGAUGAAAAAAGCGUUAUUAGAUUUCUGGCAGCUCGCGUUUUCUUACCAGGUGAACCCUCUCGCGGCUGUUCAACCGCUCCCUAACCGCAGAACGUGAGACAGUUAUCGCCAAGAUUCUACUCGAAAUCGUGAACUCGAAAAGGAAAGAAAAAAAGAGUUACUCUGAAAAACAAGCACAAUGUUGAGGGAUAUGUGAUUUUGAAUCUUCCUCAAAGUAGGGAGAAGUGGCUGAAAAAUGUUUGUAUCCUCAUCUUUUGUGGUAAAAGUAAAACAAUAAGAGAAUCUCUCCUACGAGGUUCCGAACUAUUGAAUAAACAAUUUUCGUAA